UCCUUCCUUUAUAUUCUUGGGCAUUAAAGAGACAUAAAACUGUUUCGAUACUGCACCCAAAAAACAACCAAAAUGACCAAAACUUCAUCAUCAAAUCUCCAAAACCAAACAGGACCUCCCCUAAAAGAGGUGCAACUACAGGAAACUCAAUCUCCACCGUUAAUCACUGAUGGUGAUGAUAAGAUCAAGGGUGUGAAUAGUGGGGUGCAUCAUAAGGUUGAUGAAAAGGGUGUAGAGGAUCAUGAUGGGGAUGAAGGAAAGAAAAAUAGUGUGUGUAUAAUUGAUGUAAGAAAUGAGGAGGAUAGAGAAAGUAAUAUUAAGAAUGAAGAAAAAGUAUGCAGAAUAUGUCAAUUGGGUUCUGAUCAUCUACCUGCGGGUACAGGGAAUGUUAAUCUGGUACUCCUUGGUUGUGCUUGUAGAGGUGAACUUGGCAUCUCACAUUAUAAUUGUGCUCUUCUUUGGUUUCAACUCAAGGGAAACAGGACAUGUGAGAUAUGUGGGAAACCAGCAAAGAACAUAGCAGGAAUAGAAGACACAGGUUUUCGAGCAUACGGAACAGAUAUUGGCAUUAUAUCAACGGAAAUCACAAGGAUACGCUCAUACGAGACACACGAGCACCGAUGUACCAAAUCCUUGUGUAAUUUCAUACUAGCAGCCAUAGUGCUCGCUUUUCUCCUUCCUUGGGCACUUCACUCUAGUAAGUUAUUAUAACCGCAUUCACCUCUACAGCUGUUUAUUCGGGUCAUCGUAAAAUUAAUUUUACACAAUCGAUUUUUGUGUUUAUAUUGGAUGAUCCAUUUUAAAGUUGGGUAAACGUCGGAUUUAGUUAUGAGAUUGGGUAAAUAACAAAUCGUCGAAUUCGUUUUGAACACCUCUAGCUAUUUACAUGUAUAUAUAAGUUCUUAACCAUUUA